AUGGGCAAAAGUAAAGCAGUCCCUCCUCUCUGUUCGCCUGAUGCAGCUAUUCUUAGCGAAGCUGUCCCUGCUUUUUGUUCUCCUGGCGCAGCCAUUCUAAGCGAAGACGAUCUUCCCCUGAAGGAACUCCGUUCUUUCGAUGAUCUGAUCAAAGCAUUAAAUCCCAAUCUAGAAGAUUCCCGAAGACCAGUACCUGCCAAAGAACCAACCAAGCCUCCAAAGCCUACUCUAUCGGAUAUUGGAGUUGAAGCAGGGGUUUGGAAAGAUGACCGCAAUGCCGAAGCUAUAGAUAGCAUUGCGUCACGCGGCCAUGGUUCGAAAUCAGCCAAACGCAAGGCCGAAGACGACGGGAGAUCAGUCAGGCGUGCGAAAGCCAAAGAGCCUGGCAAAAAGGCAUACUGCACUGUAUCAGUUACCAAGAAAUCCGGCAUCAAUAUCAAAUGGAAAGAUAAGACUAGCAGUUUUGCUGGUCCCGAUAAAGUCCAAUUGAUUGGUUAUACAACCUUCUCUCGAGUUAAGUUUAAAGCAAUAGAGAAACAUAACCGAUUUCAACGAUAA